AUGGACUCAAUCACAAUAUCGUGGACCACUCCUUUGAGCGACGGAGGAUCAGACAUUACUGCCUACGACCUGCGCCACAUCGAGACUGACGACGACGAGACGGUGGAUCCCAAUUGGACGGUUGUGGAGGAUGUGUGGACCAGUGGAGGCGACGCCCUGGAGUACACGCUCACCGGACUCACAGUCGGCACCGAGUACGACAUCCAGGUGCGGGCUGUAAACGCCGUGGGAGACGGGCCCUGGUCGGCAACUGUCACUGCAACGCUAACCACCGUGAGCACCUGCGCUGCGGGAGUCGCGGUGCCAGAUCCGACCAGCAACCCCGGUCUGGUGUCCGACUGCGAGUCACUGCUUACGUUGCUCGACACCCUGGUGGAGGGCACUGUGUUGAACUGGUCGGCGGAUAUCCCGAUCAGCGAGUGGGACGGGAUUGAAGAGGAUUCGCUGGAAGGGACGCCGCCGCAGGUUGUCAGGCUCUAUCUCGGUGGGCUGGGAUUGGACGGUGUGGUACCCAGCGAGCUGUCCGGUCUGACAGAAUGA